AUGCUUCUAAAACCGACGCUGCUUGCAGCUGCCACUGCCGCCAAUCAACAACAGAACUAUGAAUACCGCAAGAGAUCGAACACUCUUCAGUCGAAUCGAUCGGAUAAAAGAUGGCCGAAACGGGAUAUGGGACCGCAGUUCGAGUUGAGAUGCUGUAUUGAUCCAGAGAUUCUCCGAAUCAACGUCGACCGCCAGUAUUAUUUCGAAGACGAGACAGUCCGUGUGAACGGGAGUGUGUUCCAUAAAAGACACGACUACAACAAUUUGUUGUCGGUGAUUCCGAGAGCAAAGUUCAACGGAAUACACAUAAAAAUGGAGGAUGAUUGUCCACAGGGAGGAGAUGACGUUCGUUUGUGUCUUCUCAAGUCGUUGGGAGCACACAAUUUGAGAAGUGUUCCGUGUGUUCAGUGCAAGGAUGAUUUGAAGGUCUACGAUAAAUACCCACUGAUUGAUGGUGUAUUCUACAUCUCACCAGUCUCUCAAUUCGGUCCAAAAACUGAAAUUUCUCUCGACGGACGUCGCUUCUAUCUUCAACAACUGUGUGCAAGAUGUCUCUGGUCCGAUUGGUCAUGUAAAAAUUGUGGAAAAGACGAAUGGUUUGACGGGAAAUCGUUCGUGUUGGGCACUUUGUAUUAUUAUGAUAUUGUUUCAUCUGGACGAUGCUGCCCAACCGUGUGUCAAACAUGUCGUCAACCACUCGGAGUACGUGACCAGUUGGCCACUCAACUUGCUAAUGGAAACUACGCUACCAUCAACGAGCAAAUGACUUGUCAAUCGUGCGGUGUCUCGAAAUUCCAUCUCGUCCGUGACAUCAAAACUUGCCACGUGGCUCGUGGCCCCUCAUUCUGCGAAUAA